AUGCGUUUAAUUGCGGCUCAGAUGCUCCGUGGCACGGCCCAGCGGAGAGGCUUCGCAACGACGCCCAGACGGCUCGACAACUAUGCCUUUGUUGGCCUCGGCCAGAUGGGCUACCAAAUGGCCAAGAACUUGCAGUCCAAGCUCCAGCCGAGCGACAAAAUCUCGCUCUACGACAUCAACACAGACGCUAUGAAGAGACUGCAGGUUGAGAUGAAGGCCGCCUCUAACGGCGCGGCCGUCGAGCUCGCCGCCAGUGCCCACGACGCUGCCAAGGAAGCCGACACAGUCAUCACCGUCCUCCCGGAGCCGCAGCACGUCCAGGGCGUAUACAAGUCCAUACUCACCCCCUCACUACCCCGGCGCGACCGCGUCUUCAUCGACUGUUCCACCAUUGACCCGUCGACCUCGCGGGCCGUGGCCGCCUCCGUGGCCGCCGCCCAGCAGGGUGCCUUUGUCGACGCACCGAUGUCGGGCGGCGUCGUCGGCGCCACGGCCGGCACCCUCACGUUCAUGCUCGGCGCGCCCGCGUCCCUCCUCCCGCGCCUCGAGCCCGCGCUGCUGACCAUGGGCCGCAAGGUGCUGCACUGCGGCGACCAGGGCGCCGGCCUGUCGGCCAAGCUCGCCAACAACUACCUGCUCGCGCUCAACAACAUUGCGACGGCCGAGGCCAUGAACCUGGGAAUCCGCUGGGGCCUGGACCCCAAGAAGCUGGCCGGCGUGCUCAACGUGAGCACGGGCCGGUGCUGGCCGAGCGAGGUCAACAACCCGGUCAAGGGCGUGGUCGAGACGGCGCCCGCCGGCCGGGACUACAGCGGCGGCUUUGGAAUCGCGCUCAUGAAAAAGGACCUCCGCCUGGCCAUGGUUGCGGCGGCGGAAGCCGGCGCGGAUAUGAAGCUCGCGGAUGCGGCGUUCAAGGUGUACGAGGAGGCGUCGGAGCGGGAGGACUGCAAGGGCCGUGAUUUCUCUGUCGUGUAUAGAUAUCUGGGCGGCAAGGAGUAG